GGUCCCGACAGAGGUCGCGGGGUGGUGGCGUCAGCGGCGGCGCCCUCCGCGUGGAAAUUAGCCGGUUGCCCGGGCAAGUGAGGGAGGAAGGGAGGGAGCUGAACACGGAAGUGGUGGCGGCGCCCAGGAAACCGGCGGAGGCGUAGACCGUGACGGCUGGGAUGGGACCGGAACGCCGAAGCGGGAUUGGGGGUGGCAGAAAAGCAUCUGCUUUGUAAGACCUACACGAGGUGCAGGAGUGGUUGGGCCUCCCUUCUCCACUUAAGCAAGCGCCCAGAGUGAUGGCGAUGGUGAUGGCAGCAGUUACUCGGGCAACCCCAUUUAAGCUGUGCUGCGGUAGGAGUUCAUCUGUUGUCUGCUCUCCAGUGACUUCCGUUUGUGGAGCCUAAGUGUUUCUACAGAAUCCAACUCGAGUAUCGCGGACUAUGAUCAGAAUGCUUUCAAGGAGUUUUUGGGCACAUGAUGGCAGAUACAUCCAGAAAGUGCCCAGAAGAAACUUUCUGCUGGAAAAAUUGAAAAAGCAGUAUUUAUAACAUUAGAAUUUGUGGAUAAUUUGUUAAAAUGGCAGAAAAUAAUGAAAAUAAUAGUAAAAAUGUAGACGUAAGGCCCAAGACUAGUCGGAGCAGAAGUGCCGACAGAAAAGAUGGUUAUGUGUGGAGUGGAAAGAAGUUAUCUUGGUCAAAAAAGAGUGAGAGUUAUUCAGAUGCUGAAACGGUGAAUGGUAUAGAGAAAACUGAAGUGUCUUUAAGGAACCGAGAAAGGAAGCACAGCUGUUCAUCCAUUGAGUUGGACUUAGAUCAUUCCUGUGGGCAUAGAUUUUUAGGCCGAUCUCUUAAACAAAAACUGCAAGAUGCCGUGGGGCAGUGUUUUCCAAUAAAGAAUUGUAGUAGUCGGCACUCUUCAGGGCUUCCAUCUAAAAGGAAAAUUCAUAUCAGUGAACUCAUGUUAGAUAAGUGUCCUUUCCCACCUCGAUCAGAUUUAGCCUUUAGGUGGCAUUUUAUUAAACGACACACUGCUCCUAUAAAUUCCAAAUCAGAUGAAUGGGUAAGCACAGACUUGUCUCAGACUGAAUUGAGGGAUGGUCAGCUAAAACUAAGAAAUAUGGAAGAAAAUAUAAACUGUUUCUCACAUACCAAUGUUCAGCCCUGUGUCAUAACCACCGACAAUGCUUUGUGUAGAGAAGAUCCUAUGACUGGCUCUGUGAUGAACCUGGUUUCAAAUAACAGUAUAGAAGAUAGUGAUAUGGAUUCCGAUGAUGAAAUUCUAACACUUUGCACAAGUUCCAGAAAAAGAAACAAACCCAAAUGGGAAUUGGAUGAUGAAAUCCUGCAGUUGGAAACACCUCCUAAAUACCACACGCAGAUUGAUUAUGUCCACUGUCUUGUACCAGACCUCCUUCAGAUCAAUAACAACCCAUGUUACUGGGGAGUAAUGGAUAAAUAUGCAGCCGAAGCACUACUGGAAGGAAAACCAGAGGGUACCUUUUUACUUCGAGACUCAGCACAGGAAGACUAUUUAUUCUCUGUUAGCUUUAGACGCUAUAGUCGUUCUCUUCAUGCUAGAAUUGAACAGUGGAAUCACAACUUUAGCUUUGAUGCACAUGAUCCCUGUGUCUUUCAUUCUCCUGACAUUACUGGGCUUCUAGAACAUUAUAAGGACCCAAGCGCCUGUAUGUUCUUUGAACCACUGCUGUCCACUCCUUUAAUUCGGACUUUCCCCUUUUCCCUGCAGCAUAUAUGCAGAACAGUUAUUUGUAACUGUACGACUUAUGAUGGCAUCAAUGCCCUUCCAAUUCCUUCUUCUAUGAAAUUAUAUCUGAAGGAAUAUCAUUAUAAAUCAAAAGUUAGAGUACUCAGGAUUGAUGCACCAGAACAGCAAUGCUAGUAACAGGAUAGGAGCAUGGGAAUGAUAUAUAUUUUUUCUUUUAAUAUUUUGUUUUUCUUAUUAUGCCACUUUGAAUUUUUCUGCGAAGGCAGUGGUAUCCAAAAUAAAUCUCUGCCCUAAAUUUUACUUACAAAUCCAUUUUUUUAAUGAUACACAAAUUGUUUAAGGUUUUACACUAGAGCUUAAAUAGAUACUUUUAACCAGGUGUUUGGUUUUUGUUUUUACCUUGUAGGUUGUAUACUUACAUUUUUUCUUUCCUUAAUUUACACAUGAUCCAGGCAUAUUUGAAAUUUGGUAGGCAUUGCAAACACAUUUGAAUAUUUUAUAUUUCAUACUUUUCUUUAAAAAGUAAUCUUACAUCCCUUCCUACAUGUGAAAUAUUUUGUUAAUCUAUGCCAUUAGUAGUAGUAUAUGUAAACUAUAGUUACCCAUCCCCCUUUUCAUUGAGUUUGACAUUCUUCAGUAAAGCUGAAUGUUGUAAUUCACCAUUCAUACUAAUGUUAUUGACUUUUGUAACUUACUAGUAGGGAUGUUAAAGGUAACAAAACCAAGUCAAACUUGAUGUGUUUUUAUUUUAAAUAUUAACUCUAAAGCGGGAUUACUAAAUUUGAUUAAUCUGGUCAAUGAGAAUCAAAUGAAAACAUAAUGUUCUGGAGGGGCACUUACUUUUCUACAAUGUGGCCGGAUCAUUUGUCAUUUCUGAAUAGGUCUUUCUCUCAACCUGCAAGAGCUAAACCAUCUUCAAAACAUAAAUCUUGUUCCUUUCUCAUUGGAAGCUUUGAAAAUAAUGAUAACACUAUUAGUAGCUAUUAGUUACUGAAGUGCUAAAGUAAUUGUGGGGUUUUUCUGUAUUAGCUUAUGAACUGUUGCUUCUACUUAGCCCUUUUAUAGAAACUCUGAGCUGUUACUUUGGGGAAAUUCCGCAAUGUAUAAGCAGCCACAAAUUUCCACUGGUAACCAAAGAGUACCUAAGUAUUUUUUAUUAUUUUAAGUUGAACUUGAAUAAAGAUUCAAGAAAUAAACAUGGAGCUCAGUA